AUGUCUGGUACGAAAAAAAGUCAGAAAAAAGCUACGACAGCAGAAUUACUUCAAGGGAUCCAGCAGCAGAGUACAAGACGCAUGCUCUCUGAUCCGGAAGUAAGGCAUGCAUGUUCGCAGACGGAAACGGAGGAAACUGUUGCGGCUCACGUGAGCUUGGAGAAUAAAUUGAACAAGUGCUUAUUGUUGCUAGCACACUUAAAUACUAAGUUCGAUGCAUUUGCUUCAAUGCAAUGUCAACCAGUGAAAACAUCUCCCAGCGUUACGCUAAGUAAAAUAAAUUUGCAACCUGUAAACAGUUACGCCGAUCUCGAACGUUUGGAGGAAAAUUGUCGUGAUGAAAAUUUUUUGAAAACAACGGUUGAAUCAAGAGGCAGAAUCCACGGUCAUCACCGAUUUCCUGGCCAAGGCACAACAGUAUGCCUUCAAAUAAUUGACUACUUUUUCACUCGUAGUUUUCUACUAAAAUGUUCAUGGACAGGAACUGGACGCGCUUCUGGUAAGCAUGAUCCUAAGAAGCAUAAAAUUCCUUUUAUGAAGUUUGACAGAACAAUCGACUUAUUCUAUCAAACGGUACUUUAUUCGGACGCAACAUAUACAAAAACCGACUGCAACAGUUUUUUACAUCGGUGUUUAAAAAAUGCGAAGCAAAGAUUCGAGGAAGUGGCCGGAAUCAGAAAACCAGUUUCACGUAAGCGAAAGCGUAUUAUACCUGGCGAUCGUCUUAGCACAGAAGAACACGAGAAUGACAGUAACACCAAUGAAAUAAUCGAUGAAAAACUAACGGAAGAAGCUGCUGAAAAUACAUCAUGCACUACAAAUUGGACGAUCGAGCAUUUGGAGAUGAACGAAGAUAUUUCAAGGGAUGAUUGAAAUCAAAGUGUAAACCGUUGAGUGCGGGAAAUUGAGAGACUUUAUCACA